AUGACUAAAGAAUAUGUCAAUUUGCUAGAGAAAAACCCAGAUCAGGAUCCUCCAGAUUAUAUAAGCGGAUUCGGAUACCUUCCUUCUUCGAAUGAGUACAAGAUUGUCAGAGUCUAUCCUGAGGGGCUAAUUCAAGUAUACACACUUGGAAGCGGCAGUGGGUGGAGAGAGAAAGGAGAAAUCAAAGGCGAUUGGAAACGGCCUUAUUAUAUAUCAAACGCAGGUAUGCUUGCAAAUGGAGCUCUCCAUUGGCUGGACUAUGCAACAAUGAAAAUAAUGGCUUUCGAUUUGGCCGAAGAGAAAUUUGAAGAGGUUCAGUCUCCACCUUGUUUCCUUCCACCUGGUUAUGAUGGGAAGAAGCACCAUUUUCAAUUAAGGGUUCUGGGAAGAUUUUUACGUGUUAUUCAUCUUGAAUUAGAUAAAGCUGUGGAUAUAUGGUCGCUAAGGAAGAUUAAUAGUAACAAGAUUGACAAUAGGGAAGAACAAGGCAGUAACCAGUGUUGGACUUGGAGCAAGGAGUUCAGUAUACUGUAUACCUGA